AUGGCAGACGAAGUGGAUGAGGCUGCGAUAGUAAAAGACGAGGCCAACUUUGAUGUUGAGGACGAAGUUCAGGACUGGAAGUUUCUCAACAAAUCGUUGGCAUCCUCAGGUAUUCCCAAAAGAGGUGAGAAAGAAUUUGCACCUGAUGGAACUCAAGUCCAGAACAGCUCUUUGCAAGAGUCUAGAAACGCCAUGUACGACGCUCUUGAAGGUGUAAGAGGUCAUCACUUGAAGCUGAAGCUUAUAGCAGUAUGGAUAGCACUGGAAUCUAAAUGCAUAAUGCCUCAUGCCAGAGGAAACUACUUCCGAGAUAUGGGAAUUCCCAUUCAUAUAGGCUCUAAAGUUAAGGAUGGUGUGGAACUAAACUCACUUGAAGCAGUCUAUUUAGUUGAAAGAGGUUCUGUAGUAAUAUAUCUCGGAAACGAGAGCUAUGACGAAUUUCUCAAGUCCAGUCAAGAAAGCGAAUUUGACUACGAUUCGCUUAUAGCUAUGGAUUUGGAGUUUCUAUACAGCGUAGCAUUCAACAAUACGGGUUAUCUGCUUGAUCAGUACCAGAUAUACUCGUACUUGAAACGUCUUGGUUAUUUAGUGCAAGACUUUAAGCAAAUCACUAAAACAGACCAAAGGACUAGACUACCAAUGGUCCCUUCAACUUUGUCUGUUAUCCCAUCCUUUCUAAAUAAAAUAAUGGCAACUACAGUUGUGAAAUAUUUACAACUGAGAUUACGUCAAUGGGGCUUCUUGUCAUAUCCCUUGUUCCAUAGCUUACAUUUCAUGACUAAGCACUACUUUAGAUACACAGACAUUUACAAGUCGUUGAGACUUAUUCCAGCAUAUUCUACACAUGACAGUGUAAAAGAGAAUCUAGAAGCUAGUGGGUACUCUAUAACCUUUAAUGUGUGGAAACCUACACCUUCAUUCUCCAAAAAGAACCCGCCAUUCCCUGAUUUCCAAGUAGCAGUAGCAAACACGGAUUCAGCCAAGUUUCCAACCCUACAAACCAUACAAGCAUUACACAACUCGUUGAACUACACUUUUCCCAAUGAACGGAAAACACAGGUAGUCCCCGCUGUUAGACAGCAGAAGAAAAAUACAAUGCCUCCGUCCAAAAAAGUGAUACGACAAAAGAAACAGCAAGAAAGACAAUCCAAGUUGGAUGAAUCUGUGCGGAAGAAGAAUGACUAUAAUAGAAAAAGAGACAAUCUAUUGAAAUACGGAUCCAAUGGGCGUACGGUGGUGAUUGCAGUUAUAGAUAGCGGAAUCUUGAACUUUGUCAAUUUGAGUGAAGGAGACUUCAGUUUGCAAUCUAGCACUGAUUUGGAAGAUAUUUUCCCCAGGGAAGACCACGGGAUUAUCUAUAAUGAAAAAUGAAUAUACAAGGGGCUUCAAUUGAGGGGAUUUCCUUGCAAAGACCGAUCUCAUAAUUAGCCUGAAAAGCCAAGAGUUGGGUAGAGGAGAAAGUAAUUAAAUAGAUAUAUACGGGAUAUUACGGGCUCAUAUUACCGACCUGAGAAAACAGAGAUGGUAAUACUCUAAAUACGAAACCAUAAGUCAUUCAUAUUACUUAAUUACUUAAUUAGAAACAUUUCAGUUAUUUGCAAUCCUUGAAAUACGAAACGAGGGUUUCAGGUACAAAGAAG